AAAUGUUUAUGCUUGCUCGCUCGUUUCGGCGCCCUUCCUACUUGCUUGCGCUUUCACCCGGCCAUUAACAAAGUGUUUGCAUAGGAAAACUGCACGUAAAUUGCGAUACUUGUCGCUGUUAAACAACUUGCCACUCAACACAUUCCAAACGGUUCGUUUGGUGUUCCUUUGCUGUACUGCUGUGUGAAACAAAAUGUCGCAGCUCGCGGACCUGAAGGGAUACGUCAGCUACGCGCUGGACUGCACCCGGUUCCGCCUGGUGCGCGACGAGUCGGAUGUGGAGAACGAGGAGCUAGUGUUCGCCCCGGAGAUGGCGCACCAGAUAUUUGGCGAAUCGGAGAGCAUCUUUGGCUACCGCGACCUGAAGAUCGAAAUCAUGGCCUCGGCCGGUCCGCUCGAUCUGUACUUCGACAUUAGCUACGCGAAGAAGGUCGAGGAGCUGCAGACGGAGGGCCUGAAGGCGGACGAUGUGGAAAAGUCGCUGGCGAGUAUAGUGGAGAACGCGAGCUACUACACAAAUUUGGACGAGUUCAAGCGUGUGCAUGCGUCGAAGACGCCCUCCUUCCGGCCGGUCGGUACGAAGGUGGACGAGUUCAAGCAUCCGCUCGACGGGCCGGAGUCGGGCUCGCGCACGUUCGAGGUGUACGUAUCGAGCGCGGAAGAUGCCGAGUACAUGAAGUUCCAUACGCGGCUGGAGAUGUUUUCGUUCUGGUACAUCGACGGGUUCAGCCGGGUGGAGAUUGAUCCGCUCUGGCUGUUUUUCACCGUGUACGAGCGCUACGAGCUGGAGAAUAACAACGGGUCGGUGGAGGGCGACGUGUCCAACGUGCGGUACGCCACCGUUGGGUACGUGAGCGUGUACCAGUACUACUCCUACCCGAACAAGGUGCGGCCACGCAUUAGCCAGAUUCUGAUACUGCCCCCAUUCCAAAAGCUGGGCAUUGCGACGCGACUGAUCAAGCAUAGCACGUACGAUUACUUCCGCAAGAAGGACAACAUCACGGACAUCACGUUCGAGGAACCGAUCGAGGCGAUUCAGCACAUCCGCUCGGUGGUGGAUGCGAGACGGUGCAAGCAGCUGCCCGCCUUCACGCGCGAAAAGCUGCUGGCCGGCUUCUCGAAGGAGAUGCUCCAUGCGGCCCGCGAAACCUACCUCAUCAAUCCGAAGCAGUGCCGGGUGGUGUACGAAAUCCUGCGGCUCGGCGUCACCGACCUCGACAACGAGGAGCAGUACCGGGCGUACCGGCUGGAGGUGAAGAAGCGGCUGAACAUGAACUACAGCCGCCAUCGGCGCGAUCUGGCCCGGGCCAAGAAGCGCGGCGUGGACGUGACGGCCGCCAUGUGCGGACUGCCGAGCGUUUCCGAGCGCAUCGAGUCGCUGAACGCGGAGUACAAGGAGGUGGAGGAGAUCUAUGGCCAGGUGCUGCAGAAGCUGCUGGCCGAACACUAAGAGAGCGGCAGGUUCCUUUUGCAGUGUGUUUUAUCAUCAAUAUUUUUUUUGUGUAUUUGUGUCUUAUCGUCUUUAUUCGUUUUCCCCCCUUUUAUUUUGUUUGCUUGUGCCGUCGUACAGCUGGAACCGAUGUGUUUUAAUGGUAUUAAACAUCGUAAACCGGGGAUAUUCAUCUAAUUUUCAAUAAAAUGAUAAUUUUUGUAAUUUUCA